CUUUUGAAUUGCUUUCAAUAACCAUGGCAAUCAGAAGCAAUCACCUUCCAAUAACUUCCUGGCUAAAAUAAAUGGCAAAAGUGAUUGUAACCUAUAGGGCAGAUAUCAGGGCACUAUUAGUGCAAACUUGAACUAAAUCUAGGUGAAAAAGUACGUAAGAUUAGGGCUGAAGGCUCAUGUUCCAUGUGACUUCUGAGUAAUAAAACAACAAUUAAAGCUUUGUGGAUGAAACAGUGAUGAAAUUACUCAUUUAAUGUUCAAGAAUCACAGAGAAUAAGAGAAUUAGAGGAAUUAUAGAAGCUUUCAUUGGAUUGAUAUGAGGGGACCUUUGCCCCGAACAUGAGAACAUGCUUUGCUGUCUGCUAGAACCUAAUCAUAGGUCAAAGUCUGCUCACUGGCUUGCACAGGGCCAGUAGGAGCAGUGUGUUUUUGUCACUGUCUAAGCUCUUCUCCCCCUGUUAACAACACCUUGCCUUGUGGGCUCCUGCUUGGAUUGUCAUCAUGCUGCUUCGGACUGUAGUUCUGCUCUUCGUCUGUGUGUCCACGGGCAUGUGUGCCACUUUAGGCCACUACCAGACUAAGCCAGAGGAGGACGAGGCACCUCUUGUGGACUCAGCUGCUGUUACUGUUGGUGUUGUAGCAGCUGAAGAAGCUGCAGCUCCAGCAGAUACCCAACUAAGCAAUUCACCGGCAGUUGAGGAACCUGCAGCCCCUUCCAUUUUUGGGGACAAUCUGUUGGCUGAAAUACUGGCAGAGGAUAACCCCUCAGAUGACAAACCAAAAGUGGAUGUCCCAGUAGCAGAUGGUGCAACAGCCAAAGAGCCAGAGCCAGACAGUGAAAGGCCCGCUGGAGAUCCCCCUGCCAUGGAAGCUCUUACUGGUGAAGCUGUCACCCAGGAGCAACCUUCAUCUACUGAGGCGGAGGAGGACAAUGACAUCAGACCAGUCCAGACAGACCAGUUCCUAAACAAACCCUUGGCACAGGAAGAAGAUAGCAGCUGGAGCUUCAACUCAAUUAGAAAUAGUUUCCAGAGUAUGCACGGAUACUUUGGGUCCUUGGUGGAGCUGGCAGGGGGACAGGAUGGUGUGUGUCAGUACCGCUGCAGAUAUGGAGAACUUGCUCAACCUCGUCCCGGCUACCAGCUCCCAGAACCCAACGGCUGCAGCUCCUCUCUGGUGGGAUUCCAGGUGAAUGCAGUUCUUGACCUGGGGAUCCCUGCUAUGACAACGUGCUGUAACCAGCUUGACGUGUGCUAUGACACUUGUGGCACAAGCAAGAACGACUGUGACUCAGAGUUCCGCUUGUGUCUGCGUCGCAUCUGCUCCGACAUUAAGAAGAGUCUGGGCUUUGUGUCGAAGGUGCAAGCCUGUGAGUCAAUGGCAGACGCUCUCCACAGCACAGUGGGGACUCUUGGCUGCAGGCCUUACAUGAACAGCCAGAGGGCAGCGUGUGUCUGCGAGGGAGAGGAGAGGGAUGAACUGUGACACAGAACACUCUGGACAAAUUCCCUGGAUGUUUUCGCAGACAAAUAACUGAGUCUCGGGCAUUUCUACAGAUUAUGGUGUCUAUUUAUAGGCUUUCGUCAAAGAGGAUGUACUUAACGAGAGCCCACUCAAGAUUCCCAGCCUGGGAGUUAAAAAAAAAAAAAAACAGAAGAUAUAAAUGGAGAAUGCAAAUGAACAGUUUCUCAGGUUUUAUUCAGAGGCAGUACUGAUAUAUAUUAAGUAUCUGAAUAUGACUUUCAAAAUGUUAAAAUGUUAAUUAACUGCUAAUGCAUGUUGUACUCUUCAUACUCCAUUUUAGGCCAUUUUUAGGCCUCUAUAACUCCAUUACCAUAAAUUACUUUGAUGACUCCAAAUGCAGUGCCUGAUGGGAAGGAUGUUGUCGUUGGAUUAAUUUCCUCUAGAUAGAAUGACAUAAUUGAAUUACUAUGGUACACAUGGUUUGUUGUGUGCAGCUAUUUAUCAAGAUAGUAUGCUCAAAGUCAGUGUCAUGUAAAUGUGAUGCCUAUUACAGCUACGUCAAUGUUUGAAGUCAGUUAUUUGGCAGUAAUUUGAUUUGUUUUAUGAAUGAAUACAUGACUAAUUGCAGUUUAACUGACAUGAUUAAUUCUAGAUUAAUUGUCAAUGAUGAAUCUUUGGCAUCAUUUCCAGGCACGCCCCACCGCUAUCUCUUUUCCACCAUAUUGGGAUGUGUGACGUGAUUCCCCCCCCCCCAGCCAUCGAUUAAACUGAGUAAAUUAGUCGGAAUACGUCUAUGGGUGUUCCACAUGUAUUUUUCAAGUCAGUGAUGGUGUGAAAUAUAAACCACUUCUAUAAAUCCACUAAGUCUUUAAGCUGUAAUCAAGCCUGAGAAAUGCCUGAAAGUGUGACCUAGAAAAAAACAUCCUUCACGCCGAAGUUGUUACAAAUGAACUGUGGCCCCUCCGAAUGAUUUCUAAUAGAAAUGUCAUUUGCUUUAAUGUCAGCAAAUUUGGCUGCCAGGCAAAGACACACACACAUUGAUGUAUUAAGCAGAACUCAACUGAUUUACAUCACUGUGACUGACACUGGAACUUACAUAGAAGUAAAGAAGAGUGUAUAUACUGUACAUCUGCAUGUAUAUGUGUAUAUGAAGGACGUUCAAAUACCAAAUAAACUGAAAUGGUCGGUUCAUCUCCUUUAAUCUAA